AUGGGUGCUGUCAGUGAUGAGCAAGAUGCCAAACGGAUUAUUGGUCGAAAAUUUGACGACGUAUACGUCCAAGAAUUGAAAAACCGAAGCGAAUACAAGUUCAGUAUUGUCCGAGGUAAAGACGAUAAAGCAGAAUACGAGAUAAAACAGGGCGAUUUGAUGGUGCGCAAAUCGCCGGAACAGGUCAGUUCCGAAAUACUCAAGUAUCUUCGCAAAUCAGCUUACGAGUACCUUGGAGCUGAAGUAACCGAAGCCGUUAUCUCCAUUCCAGCUUAUUUCAGUAACGCUCAACGGGCAGCGACCAAAGCAGCAGCGGAAUUGGCUGGACUGAGUGUGCUGAAGCUGGUCAGUGAACCUGUGGCAGGAGCCAUAUACUACACCAAAAAGAAGCGAAUUAAUAAAGGGACGUUUUUGGUGUUUGAUAUGGGAGGCGGAACUUUGGACGUAUCCAUUAUAAAACUGAGGAAAACAAUAUUCGGUAAGGAAAUAUUUCAAGUGCUGAGCGUGGAAGGAGACACGUUUUUAGGCGGUAGAGACUACGAUAACAUAUUAAUAGAUUAUUUUACAACUAAAAUAGCUGAGCAAUUUAAUGAAAGUUAUGUAACCCCUAGGCUUAUAAAGCGGUUACAAGAAACAUGUGUUGCUCUCAAAAAGAUAUUAUCUACAACAAAAAAACAUGAAGUGACUUUAUUGAGUAUUCACAAUGAGAAUGACGACUUUACUGUAUCCUUAACGCGAGAUGAAUUUAAUCUGCUAACAGACAAAUUAAGUAGUAGAGCUUUAAAAUUAGUUGAAAAGUGUCUGACUGGAGUGGGACUGUCAAAGAGUGAUAUAAACUGGACUAUUCUUGUCGGAGGAAUGUCUAGAACUCCGAUCAUACGUGAGGAACUUUAUGUUUUCUUUGACCAGAAAGAGCUCAAAACUGACUUGAAUCCGGACGAAGCUGUCGCACUGGGUGCUGCGAUACAAGCUUCGGCCUUGAAAUAUAAAUCUAAAGAACUCGAGAGGUAUAUCGUUGCUGAGGUAACGCCUUUAUCUCUAGGGAUUGCAGUUUCACUUGGUUUAAUGAACGUCGCAAUUAAGAAGAAUUCCCCUUUACCUGCAAAGGGACAUUUAGAAUUAGCGACAUCACGAAAUGACCAAAAUAAUGGCAAAUUUAAAAUUUUUGAAGGCGAAAGAAAGAAUUGUGCUUUUAAUAACCUUUUGGGAGAAUUCACCAUAAAUAAUUUACCCAAAGCAAAAGCUGGAGACGUACUAUUUGAAGUAAAUUUCCUUCUCAAUGACGAUGGAAUUUUAGAAGUGGAAGCCCACGAAACGAGUACCAGACAAAGGAACAAAUUAGUAGUUACGAUGGAAAACUAUAGCUUGUGCCAAAAGAAAAUUUCCGCUAUGAUUGAAGAUGCGGAAAAAAACCGCAAAGAUGAUGAUUUAUUUGAAAAAUAUAUCAAUACUUAUGAAGGAAUUUUGGACGUAUAUAACGCUGUACUUUAUGGUAUACAUAAUAUAUCUUCCGAAACAGAUCGCAGUUAUGUUAAGAAGAAAUGUGAAGAAUUAAAAAUCACCUUAGAUAAGUCUGAUUCUAAGGGAAUAGAUAAAUUAGUACAUGUUUAUGGAUGUUUUCGGUCGGCUAUCGAAGGGAUAAUUCGACAGGUAAUUGAACUAAAAUGGCCAGAAUUUUCUUAAUUUAAGCAUUAUAUAUACCGAGUGUUCCUCAGAAGUGGCUCACUCCUACAACUUUUUUA